AUGAACCAGGUUGGUAUAAAGUUCAUACCAGCCAGAAACAUUCAUCAACAUUCCAGACGACAAUCGAAAGUUCAGGACUCUACAAGAAUAAACAAAAGAAAUACUUUCAAUAGAUUCAGUGAUAAAAUUAAUGUUACAGAAUCAAGAUAUCACACUCACGAUAGUUGUGAUCUUACGGGGAAAAGAGGAUAUGUGCUUCGUAUAACUCUAAAGGCUGUGGGACUUGAGUUUGGCCCCGCGAAACUAUUUUUACUUCAAGAUGACCGCCUUGUAAAAGUUUUCUGGCCGACCAACACUUCAGAUUCCGAUUCCUUAGGCUACUGCAUUGGUUUUGUCGAAUACUUUAACUAUUGGCAACCAGUGAACUAUAGAUUUGUUUGGCAAGUUGAGACCGAAUUCUUUACAGAAAAUGUUACUUUAUCUCAAAAUGACAAUAAUGAAAAUGGCUUAAAAUUGAAAACCGACAAGGAGGAGGUUCUAACUAACGAAAAGGUUACCUGCAUAGCAGAGAAUAAGAAGUGGGAUUUAAAAACAGCAUAUGUUUGGCAUUGUAUAAAGGACGGUGAUGACAACCGUGAUGAAGAGAACUUCGUAACAAGAGGCUCCUCGAUUUAUUUCAAAACCAAUGGAACGUAUGAUUGUUCAUGUACAGGUUAUAGCUUUUAUAGAAAUGAUAAUUGGCGCGGAACACUAACCGUACACAACAGGAAAACGAAAAAAGUAGAACUUAAUUGUGAGAAGCCUCCUCGCCACGUCAAGGCAGCCGUUCACGAGGGGGUUAAUAAUAAAACGACAGUGUCUAGAAAUAAUAUGUAA